ACUCGCUGCACACAUGAGAGGCGUCACAACAAGCCACCAGCGAGCACGCGGCGGAUACGACUUGGAACCCGCCCAAGAAAACUGAGAGAAAACGUGGAUUUGACCGAGAAGUAACUAUCAUAUUAAAUCUUUACAAGCAGGGCGGUGAUCCAAGACAGGUGUCAGAGCGCGUCAGUCAUCUGCUAAUAAUUUGAGCGCUCUUGUAUUGUGGUUGCUGCGCGACGACCGACGGCACCGUUCGCGAGGGAGUUUCUGUCCCAAGAAAGCCAAAUCUCAGUUGAAUCACCCACUACAGUAACACCAGCUGUUAUUCAUGCUUCGUUUCCCGAGUCAUACUACAAGAGGAAAUUGCAACGUAAGUUUGCACAGCUUCUGCUUUGAAGUAGGUUGUAGCUGUAAUUAAUUUAUAGGCACCACGUGAGUGGGCUGAAACGACCAUUAAGUGGGCACACCCGCUGGAUAUGAUACCUAACACGCUCAAAAACUUCCGCCAGAGCAUCGGACCUCUUUGACUCUUGGUACAGCGCCUGGGACUGGCGUUUAAAUCGCACUGAAUGAUUGUAGCACUGAAGAGCCGUGCGCUUCUGCAGAAAGGACACACAACGAGACCCCAGAAUGAUAUUGUUUUUAAUCUGAGUGCAUUGGACUUUUUGUGUUUUUAGUUGCGGAUAGUUAUAUUUUAACCUGUUUGGUUACACUUUUGUUGAGUUUUAGCUGCUCUCACUGAUCCCGAUGAUGAGAAUGAUGGCAGUAUUAUGGGAUGACCCGUUCAGGUUGCUCUGGAGACGGACUGUAAUUUAUUCUCUUCUGGUGCUCUUGAUGAGUGGAGCGUGCACCUUUGGAGAUGAAACCUUUAAUGGAGAGUCAUGGCUACGGCAGUACGGCUACCUCCCGCAGGCCGGCAAGCAGAUGUCUACCAUGCGCUCAGCUCAAAUCCUGUUGAACGCCAUCAGUGACAUGCAGCGCUUUUACGGGCUGGAGAUCACUGGAGUGUUGGACCCCAUCACCAUCGAGUCCAUGAAGAGACCCCGCUGUGGCGUCCCAGACAAGUUUGGAGGUCCGAUCAAGACCAAUGUACGACGGAAACGUUAUGCCCUCACUGGCCACAAGUGGGACAAGAGCCAUAUAACUUUCAGUAUUCAGAACUACACGCCUAAGGUUGGGGAGUACAACUCAUAUGAGGCCAUCCGACGGGCCUUCAAAGUGUGGGAGAAAGUGACGCCGCUAACAUUUGAUGAGAUCCCUUUCCUGGAGGUCAAAUACGGCCGUCGGAAGGAACCUGAUAUUAUGAUCUUCUUUGCAUCUGGUUUUCAUGGUGACAGUUCCCCGUUUGACGGAGAGGGGGGUUUCCUGGCACACGCUUACUUCCCUGGUCCAGGGAUGGGUGGAGAUACUCACUUUGACUCAGACGAGCCUUGGACCAUUGGUUCAGAAAACCUACAAGGUAAUGAUCUGUUCCUGGUAGCCGUACAUGAGCUGGGCCAUGCCCUUGGACUGGAACACUCCAAUAAUCCUUUGGCUAUUAUGGCUCCUUUCUACCAGUGGAUGGACACCGAAAACUUUGAGCUGCCUGAGGAUGAUCUCCGUGGGGUCCAGCAGAUUUACGGACCCCCUAGCAGUUCUCCCACUCAGGCUCUCCCCACUGUGACCCCCCGGCGACCAGCCCAUCCAGACCCCAGGGCACCCCAUCCUCCGAAGAACCCUCCCGGAGUUCCCCCUCGCCGGCCGGACAGGCCUCGCACUACAGAUCGCCCAGAUCACUACGGCCCCAACAUCUGCGAGGGCAAUUUUGACACAGUCACCAUGCUUAGGGGAGAAAUGUUUGUUUUUAAGGGCCGCUGGUUCUGGAGAGUGAGAAGGAACAGAGUGCUGGAUAACUACCCAAUGCCUAUUGGACACUUCUGGAGGGGUCUGCCGGGAGACAUUGACGCUGCGUAUGAAAGGCAUGAUGGGCGAUUUGUGUUUUUCAAAGGAAGUCAGUAUUGGUUGUUCAGAGAAGCCAACCUGGAGCCCGGCUACCCUCAAGAACUGAUAGACUAUGGCAGAGACAUCCCAUAUGACAAGAUAGAGACGGCCAUCUGGUGGGAACCUUCUGGCUUCACUUACUUCUUCAAAGGAGACUGGUACUGGCGCUUUAAUGAGCACUCCAGAGCUGCAGAUCAGGACUACCCUAAGCCAAUUAGUGUGUGGGGCACUUCUGUGCCGUCUUCUCCCAAGGGGGCCUUCCUCAGCGAUGAUGGAGCUUAUACAUACUUUUACAAAGGUACAAAGUACUGGAAGUUUGACAACCACAGAAUGAAGAGCGAGCCAGGCUACCCAAAGUCCAUUCUUAGAGACUUUAUGGGCUGUAACGUGGACCUCAAUCCUGACAGAGACACCGAUGUGGAUCCAGGACGCAAGUGGCCUGACAGGCCACCCUUCAAUCCGGAUGCUGGCCGAGACAAAGACAAAGACAAGGAAAAGGACAAAGAGAGAGACAAAACUAAUGAUGUUGACUCUAAAGAGGAGACGGAAGAGAAAACAAAUGAGGUGGAUGUGGUUCUGAAGAUAGACGAGACGGAACGUACCAUGAACAUCAUCAUGGUGACGGUACCCCUGGUCCUGGUGCUGUGCAUCUUGGGAUUGAUCUAUGCUAUCAUUAACACAUUACAGAGGAAAGGAGCACCCAAGUAUUUAGUUCACUGCAGACGUUCACUGCAGGACUGGGUUUAACCUCUCAGAAUGACCCUCGAUCCCUGUUCUUCCCUUUCAUUUCACACGUCCAAAAACACCACCAUAAACAUGCUUACAAACACACAUACAGAUACUGACACACAUUCAUGUUCACCCUUUUUUUCCUUUCCCAUGGUGCUCUCCUAACAUGUUGACUAGUCUAUUUAUAUCAGAAAGUUUGCACAUUGAUUUUGUUGUUCGGUUUUUCUUUUCAUACUUUUAUUUUCUAUCGAAUCAGUUGUUUGUGGGGUUUUCUUCAUUUCGGUUUUUAGGAUGUCACAAUUAGUCAUCUGCAAUCACAGCAUAAAUGAUGAACGGGAAGUCUUGCAGAGCAAAAAGAGAGGAAAAGGAAAGAGGAGAAAGGAAUAUCUCUUAGGAAUAUUUCUGCAUCUGUUCACCUUUUCUCAGGACUCUCGGCUGUGGUUUUCCAACUGACCGGGAAAGUCAUAAUAUAUCAUCAUAAAGACUGUAAGGACUGUGGCCUGCAUCAUAACUUGUUAAUAAUAUGUUGAUAUACAGUGGGGUCCAAACGUCUGAGACCACAUGGAAAGUCAUUUGACUGAAUUUUACCUGCUAUUUGUUUUGAUGUCAUAAAAUAGGGACUUUUCUCUAAAAUUUGCUUACCUAGUGCGAUCAUAACAAAAAGUCAGAUUUCAUUGCCCUGUUUUAACAACUGUGCCUUGGUCAUGGCAGCCAAACAUGUUUUAUGUGGUUCCGUCCAUAUUUGUAGAGCCCUACUGAUUUCUUCCUUGCAAGCUGUGUUUUUCUUGCAAGCUGUGUUUUUAUCUCCCAAAAGUCCCGUGAUACUGUGGCAAUUAUACAUUUUAUUGUCUGAGGAACGUAACACUUAGGUUGCUUUCAUUUAAGGGGUUUGAAAAAAUUUGCUGGUGCUGAAGCCAUUUGCUGAGUGCAUAUUUAUAUAAUAGCAUUUUCAUAUUUUCAUUUGAUUGAACAAAAGAGCUAUAAAAUGAAUACCACUAGUGUAUACCAAUUUAAAACUCCGUAAAAUACACUUGAGAAAGCUUCUCAGUCCCAAUU